AUGAGUAUCGCCAGGCAGGUUGUUGGUUUCGAAUGCUGCGAGGCGGCUCGACACCACCAUCGUCAGCACCGUCAUGCAAUGCAGCUUUCACCGAGAUCCGCUGGGACCUCGGGAGUUGACAGUCGCAAGCACGUGCGAAAUAGAAAGUUGACUGACACGCGGUGCAGGCCAAGCGUGAUAUAG